AUGGGCCGACUGAUAUUCAAAGCAUAUGUUCCCUACCUGUCCGUCAAUGUGGUUUUCACCUCAGUCCAGAGGAAUUCAUAUCUGGAUCCUGCAGGAUUGAGGUGUGUUGUCCUGUUUUCCCUCUUGGCAUGGGUCUGUGCUGAACCCGCCAUGUACGGGGAGCUCUUGUCCCCUAACUAUCCUGAAGCAUACCCCAAUGAGAUAGAGAAAUCCUGGGAUGUCGAAGUGCCCGAAGGGUUCGGGAUCCACCUCUACUUCACCCACCUGGACAUGGAGCAGUCCGAGAACUGCACAGGUGACUCAGUGCAGAUAAUGUCAGGAGGCAUCGAAGAAGGGAAACUCUGCGGGCAGAAGAUCCAUAAGAAUCCCAACACCCACAUCCUGGAAGAGUUUAAGUUCCCCUACAAGACACUCCAGGUGACCUUCAAGUCAGGCUUCUCCAAUGAAGAGCGCUUUACUGGGUUUGCAGCAUACUACGUUGCCAUAGAUGUGAAUGAGUGCAAAGAAUUUGCAGAAGCUCCUUGUAGCCACUUUUGUAACAAUUUCAUCGGUGGUUACUUCUGCUCCUGUCCCCCAAAAUACUUCCUCCGUGAUAUGAGAAAUUGUGGAGUCAAUUGCAGUGGGGACGUGUUCACUACGAUGGUUGGGGAGAUUGCAAGUCCCAAUUAUCCCAACCCAUACCCGGAGAACUCAAGGUGUGAAUACCAGAUCCUGCUGGAGGAGGGCUUCCAAGUGGUGGUGACUAUGCGGAGAGAAGAUUUUGAUGUGGAACCAGCCGAUUCAGAGGGGAACUGCCCUGACAGUUUGGUUUUUGUUGCAGGAGAUCAGCAAUUUGGUCCUUACUGUGGUAGUGGAUUCCCUGGGCCUCUAAGUAUUGAAACCCAGAGUAACGCCGUUGGCAUCAUCUUCCAAACCGACCUGACAGGGCAGAAAAAGGGCUGGAAACUCCGGUACCAUGGAGAUCCAAUCCCCUGUCCUAAGGAAGUCACUGCCAAUUCUAUCUGGGAGCCAGAGAGGGCAAAAUAUGUGUAUAAAGACGUGGUGAAGAUUUCCUGCGUGGAUGGGUUUGAAGUUGUGGAGGGAAAUGUCCGUUCGGCAUCCUUCUAUUCCACCUGUCAAAGCAACGGAAAGUGGAGCAAUUCCAAACUGGAAUGCCAACCUGUGGACUGUGGUGCUCCUGAAUCCAUUCCGAAUGGUCAAGUCGAGAAUCCAGAAAGUACCUUAGUUGGUUCUGUCACUCACUACAUGUGUGAAGAGAAAUAUUACGCCAUGGAAGAUGAAAGAGGAGGGGAGUAUCGCUGCUCUGCUAACGGGACCUGGGUGAACGAGGUGCUGGGCACAGAGCUGCCGAAAUGUGUUCCAGUUUGUGGAGUCCCCAGUGAGCUCUUUGUAGUGAUACAGAGAAUAUUCGGAGGGACCACGGCAAAGAUUGAAAACUUCCCCUGGCAAGUCUUCUUUUCCAACCCACGGGCUGGUGGGGCCCUCAUUGAUGAGCACUGGGUGCUGACGGCCGCUCAUGUUGUGGAGGGAAACCAUGAUCCAAAGAUGUACGUUGGAUCCUCUUCGGUGCAGUCCUCGAAGCUGCUCAAAGCCCAGAUGCUCACUGCCGAGCGUGUGUUCAUUCAUCCGGGCUGGCAAGUGCUGGAUAAUACAGACAUAAGGACGAAUUUUGACAAUGACAUUGCGCUGGUGCAACUGAAAGAGCCAGUGAAAAUGGGACCCAGCGUCUCUCCCAUCUGCCUGCCAGGCUCCUCCUCAGAAUACAGCCCUUCAGUGGGUACCUUAGGAAUAAUCUCAGGCUGGGGCAAAUCAGAGCUUAGAGACAUUGUUAUUAAGCUCAGAGCAGCCAAGUUACCUGUAGCUCCUUUAGCAAAGUGCCAAGAGUGGAAAGGGAAAGAUUCCAGAGUGGAUGUAAGUAGCUUUGUUUUUACUCAUAACAUGAUCUGUGCUGGCGGAGAGAAGGGUGUUGAUAGCUGUCAAGGGGACGCUGGUGGGGCUUUUGCUGUACAGGACCCCAAUGAAGAGGACCCCAAAUAUUAUGCAGCUGGCCUGAUGUCCUUUGGAUUUCAGUGUGGGACCUACGGGAUCUACACACGGGUACAGAAUUAUGUUGACUGGAUAAGGAAGACUAUGCAGGACAAUGGUAGCCCCAGUAAGGACUAACUCAUACACAUGCCUUGGGCUGUCUAAGGGGUAGCACCAGCCCACCGCUGUCGGUUCCUCACUGUACGUUCAUUAUUUCACCAUGGCUGAGAGAAGAUCUGGG